AUGGUCGUCCUCGGUCCUCGACCAUCAAUCCAGAAGAAAAAGAUCGGUUUUUCCUCUCCUCCAUCAAUGAUAACCUCUCUGCUUCUGUCACUUUUUAAGUUCUUUGUCUCGGCUUUGCCUCGGAUCGUUCUUCGCAUCGCUAACUUGAAUCUCACCCAAUCGAUUCUCAAGAAUGUUGCCUUUGACUCCUUUCCAUUCGACCAUCCAAACCACACCGCCAUCUGCUCGCCAGUCUACUUAAUAUCAAUCCAAUCCACGUCCAAGUCGCUUUGCCCGUUACUGGUGUAUUCUCUGUCUCAAACUUGCCACAACCUCUCCGAUCCUUCUCGGUUAAGCCUAGCUGCCGACUCGAUCUCGCUACUCGCAUCCCCAUCGUUUGUUCUAACCUCACUACCGUCACUCAAUCAACCCAAUUCUAUGAAACACUGCCACCUCCGCUAUCGUUAUUAAACUCGCCGCAGCCGCGUCCUAUUCACUGUUUGCCUAUCUCAACCACACCGCUGUCUGCUUGCCGAUAUCCAUAUCAUCGAUCCGAUCCUCUCCCUAACCGCUUUCCCAUCACUUGAUGUAUCCUCUGCCUCGAACUCGCCUUGGACUUCCCCGCCGUUAUGACCAACAACGGUUCCGCCAUAGCUACAUCCCUAUUGCUUUUCUUUUUGCCUAUCCAGACCAUGCUGAUUUCCACUCGCCAAUCUCUGCAUUCCCUCAAAGAAGUCUUCAUUCCUUCAAAGAAGUCAAACCCGAUCGUCGUAAGAACAACAUCCUCGUCAACCUCGCCCACUGAAUCAUUGUCACAUUAACCUAAUCGUUGUUGUUGCUUCCGUCUUCUCCUGCUGUUCCAUCUUACUUUUCCUAUUCCAAGAAAUACAAGCUAUCACUAUGACUGUAAAAAAAACAAAAAGAGAAGAGAGAGAAAAAAAACCUUCCAAUUGCUGACUUAUGAGUUGCUUGAUAUCUUUCCCCAUCAUCCAAAUUAUACACAACUGACUAACACUACAAAGGUAAAGAAAAGGCCUUUU